UCAAGCUUGGUCAUUCUCUUUAGUGUUUGCCCUGUCUCCCCAAUGUCUGCCAGCCCAUCGCCCGUUUUUUGAUGAAUAAAAAAGCGUCACCCACUCAGUCGAAAGGCUUGUUGUCGAUAAAAGCGACCACCAUCAAAUCCAAGCCCCACAUGGAGUGAUUUAACCUGAGCAGAAGGACUUCCAGAUCAAGUGGAAACUACAGACCUCUCUAAUCAUCUGACUUGCAGUACUGCGAGGAUUCAGACACGGCUCAGAAAAUGUCCCAUCCUCAGUUCCAGUCGCCUGUUGGUGUUGUGCCAGCAGCCUCUGCCCCACUGCAGCCAAAUUCAGGCUAUAGUGUCCCCUGUGGCACUGGCACUAUACCAGCGGAGAGUGCCAUUCAGCCUGCAAGGAACUCUGCUCUCCCCUCAGGCUCUGCAACAACGUACAGUCCCACAACAGUGUCAAACAUGGCAAACCCUAAAGAGAAGACCCCCAUGUGUUUGGUGAAUGAGUUAGCCCGUUUCAACAAAGUCCAACCAGAGUAUAAGUUACUUAGUGAGCAAGGACCUGCUCACUCCAAGAUAUUCUCGGUGAGGCUCACACUGGGAGAUCAGCAUUGGGAGGCAGAAGGGACCAGCAUCAAGAAAGCUCAGCAUUCUGCAGCAACUUCUGCUCUUGCCGAGACCAAACUUCCCAAGCCGAACCCAAGGUCACCUCGCCAUAUAGGCAGACACCCAGCUGACGGCAUGACACAUACUAUGGCUUUGAACGCUCUGUGUGUGAGACUCGGAAAAAAGCCAAUAUUUAAACCGGCUGAUUCGUACCCGGGGAUGAGACCGCCACACUUCAAUUACCAUAUCCGGGGUCCACAGCCUUACCAUCGCUCUAUGCAACAGUACUAUUACCACCCAUUCCCUCCAAUGGGACCAUUCUUCUACCACAUGGAGCUCUCCAUCGGGGGCCAGCAGUUUAUAGGGGAGGGGCGCACACGGCAGUUGGCCAAAGAUGAUGCAGCGGCCAAAGCCCUUAAAGUUCUCCAGAAGGAGUCAAUACUACAGCAGUUGCCAGUGAUUAAUGGAGAGUCUGAAGAAGAAAACCUCAACAAAUCAGAAAUCAGUCAAGUGUUUGAAAUUGCACUGAAACGCAAUUUACCAGUCAAUUUUGAGGUAUUAAAAGAGGAGGGCCCUCCCCAUAUGAAAAGUUUUUUAGUCCGUGUUUCAGUGGGAGAGUUUGUAGGGGAGGGUGAAGGCAAAAGUAAAAAGAUUGCAAAGAAGCUGGCAGCCACAGCUGUUCUGGGGGAGCUGAAGAAGCUCCCACACAUACCUGGAGUAGAAAAGAUGCAGCCUCGCAUCAAGAAGAAAACUAAAUCCAUCAUUAAGUUGCAGACCAGCCCUGAGUACGGUCAAGGAAUGAAUCCCAUUAGUCGCCUGGCUCAAAUCCAACAGGCAAAGAAGGAGAAGGAGCCGGAGUACACCAUGGUGACAGAGAGAGGUCUACCACGAAGACGGGAGUUUGUCAUGCAGGUCACUGUCUCCAAUCAGUCUGCUGAAGGGAUGGGACCCAGUAAAAAGGUGGCCAAGAGAAACGCAGCCGAGAACAUGUUGGAACUUUUAGGAUACAAAGUGCUUCAGCCUCAGCCCCCAAAACCAGCACUCAAAACCGACGAGAAGCCUGUGUUGAAAAAACCUGGAGACGGACGCAAGGUCACCUUCUUUGAACCAAGAUCGGACGAUGCCGCCUUGGCAGGUGUCAAGGAAGAGGAGUUCCGCCUGCCGUACAUGAGCCACCAGCAGCUGCCAGCAGGAAUCCUGCCCAUGGUUCCUGAAGUGGCUCAGGCAGUGGGAGCCUGUCCCGGAACUCACGCGAAAGACUACAACCGUGCAUUACACAACCCCGGCAAAGCCACCGUCACUGCCAUAAUAGCUAAUGAGCUGCUUUAUGCCGGCACAUCGCUGACCGCUGAGUCCAUCCUGAAGAAUAAGAACAGCCUGUCUCAGCUGCCCCACGGACCCCUGACGAAACCUUCGGAGCAGCUGGGCUAUCUCGCCUCAGUGCAGGGCCUGCAGGUGGAAUACAAAGAUUUCCCCAAAAACAACAAAAAUGAGUUUGUAUCACUGAUCAACUGUUCGUCCCAGCCUCCCAUGAUCAGCCAUGGAAUUGGAAAAGAUGUUGAAUCCUGUCAUGAUAUGGCUGCUCUUAAUAUAUUAAAAUUGCUGUCAGAGUUGGACCAGCAGUCAAAUGAGAAGACAGGAAACGGGCCAGUCUCCGGAGGCAUAAAACAGGAGAUCGAAGAUGAUCUUCACCUCAAGCCGGCUAACUCAAGCACAAUGGCACAGGUGGUGGACGGCACCGCGUAGAUGAUCAGGUUAGGUUGUCGGUAAAAGCACUACAGAAAACAUGGACACUGUUGGCCGCCGGUUACACACAGAUUCAUGACCUUAAGGCACUGUAGCCGCGUAACUCUCACUCUUCAUAUUCAGCAUUUCAAACAUGUUUACAGUUAAACAAGUUGGUCUGGGAAAACUAGUGCGCUCCCCUUGAUGUGGUUUAAUUGUACACAUUCUCAUUAGUGUUGCUUUGUAGAACGGUCGGCUGCAUCCUAGUUGUUGUUGUUUGGAAGAUGGCUGAACAAAAAGACAAAGGUUCGACUUGUUUGGACUUGAAGGUCCCUCCUGUACGUCCGCUCUGUUUCUUGGUCAUGUUUCGGUGGCGGAGCCGGGCUUCACUAGGGUGCAGCUGAUGAACUCUGACUGAUUUUCCUCCAGUGCUUUAUAUCAACAACCACAAGUGAAGAGUAAUCAACAUCACAUGUAGGACUGGGAAGAGUGUGUUUCUAAAUGUAGCGUGUGAUAUGCGUGAUUCCUCUUCAGCGCCAGUGUCCCCCCGGUGCUGUCCUGUUCCUCUGUCCCAAUCCUGUCUGCUCCCAGUGGUGAUUAAACUUGCUGCGAUGCACAAGACAAA